AUGUUCGCUAACCUCCGGAACUUAACUUCAAAGAGGGCGCUCUCCGUGAGCAGAGCUACUUUCCAGGGCCAGAAGGCUAGUCCCUCAGGCGUUGUCUCUAGCUGUCCUGCAGGCACUCCUCUCAACCUGCAAAUAAAGAAAUCAGGCAAAGAGCCCGUAGCACUGGAAGAUCAUGAGUACCCGGAGUGGCUUUGGACCGUUCUAGACAGCCGGGCUCAAUUGAAGAAGCUGCAAGAAGAUCCCCUGAAACUGAGGAAAAAACAACUAAGGUCUGCCAACAGAAACAAAAUCAAGCAGAACAACUUCCUCUCUGAAAUUUGA